AUGUCAUCUCAAAGCCUCUCUCGCAAGAGGCCUGCACCAGGAGCAACUCCGCUAGCUCAUCAGCAGAUGCCUCCAUUACCGAACUUCCCAAUUCCCUCUCAGCUUUCAAACGAGCAAUUUCUACAACAGUGGGCACCCAACACAACAAGUACCGGUGUAAAUCAGCCAAAUCCUAAUAGCGUUGCUUUUACAGCCGGUGAUGAUGGAUCUGGGCUGAUGUCGAAUCAACUUACAAGACGGCCCGGAAACAACCAGAUUAUCAGUCGCGCUAGGAUGGGAGACCAGAACUUAGUACCGAUGAUGGACCAAAAUUCAUUGAGCACAAAUGAUGUUAGCAAUUCAGGGACCGGUGAGACCGAGGAAGAGAUGAGACAGAGAGCUCUUAGAGUUAAGAAGGAAGCACAGGCCAAGCGGAAACAUAUACCUCCUUUCAUCCAGAAACUGACCAGGAUGAGGAUGAGUUUGCGAAAUCUCUUAUACCGGAGCUCUUCAAAGCACAAUAACUAUGCCUCGUUUGUGCGACAAUUGAACAUGUAUGGUUUCCACAAGAAGGUUGGACUAUCAGACAACUCAAUGCGAGCCAGUGAGAGGAAGAAUAAGAGCCCCAGCGAAUAUUCGAACCCUUACUUCAAGCGUGGACAGCCCGACCUGCUGUGGUUGAUCCAAAAACCAAAAAAUGUAUCUGGACAGGGCAGAGGAGGCUCAAAAGGUAGCCGUGUCAAGCUGGAACCUGACGUGGAUGAUGCUGAAGGCGAGGAAUUUGGAGACGAGGGCGGCGGAGGUCCAAGCGGUGCUGGAGGCCGAGAAGACAAGGCACGAUUCCGAGGCCAACUUGCUCUCGGAUCUGGGGAAGGGACGCUGCAUGGAGACCAGCUGACGGAUGUCUACCGUGAACUACAAGCCAUUCGACAUCAGCAGCAUGUUAUCUCAAGCACAAUCCAGAAGCUACGAAGGGAUCAUGAGCAACUUUACGAGCAGGCUGCGAAUUUCCAGGAGCAACAUACACGUCAUGAAAACUCGAUCAACGCCAUUCUUACCUUCCUGGCUACUGUUUACAACAGAAGCCUACAGGGCCACGAGGGUGCUCAGGGGCUAGCCAGUUCAUUUGCCGGAGCUAUAUCCCAAGACCACCAGGGCCUGUCAGGCAAUAUUGUCGAUGUUGACGAACUGGCAGAUAGUUAUGAAUCGGAACUCACUUCCAACCAGCCCCCGUUUAAGAAGCAAAGACUCCUCCUUGGUGCACCUCCUACUUGCGACGUCCAGAGUGGGCGCAAUACCAUGUCUCCAAAUGUUACCAACAAUCCGUUUGUGGGCCACCAACGCAGCAGCUCUGGUCCCCACAAGGCCAGUGUGCAGCCUGUCUCAGAGGUAGAAGAACUAUUUGACCCCAUCAGCCCGAUGAACAGCACUGCUUCAGCUCAACAACAGCAACAACGCCAGGGUCAGCCCCGGCAGGCCCAGCCGCAGACACAGAACCAGAACCAGAAUCAAAACCCUACACAUCCCCAUCCCAAGCACCAGGGCUCCCCCGGCCACCUCCCGCAACGAGAUAUCAUGUCCCUUAUCCAGAACUCCAACGCACGCAAUAACUUCUCUACCAAUCCCUCUGACUUUCCUACUGUGCUCUCCUCGCUCGAAACAUCUGGCGGUAACGCGCCACUCACGCCCGCUCAGCGCGCUGACAUGCUCCGCUUGAUCUCGAAUGAGAACAACGCUGCCCAUCCGUCAUCUGGUUCAUCCCAGAACAAUGCUCUAAUUGCGCCCCAUGCGCCUCAGAUGCCGUCCAAUUACUCAGCCCAACUUGCUAGCACACGUUCUGAGUUGGACAACCUGGUGAAGAUGCAGGCGGAGCAGGCUAGGUCUGUGCAGCACCUUACCAACAUGCUACAGCCGCUCAGCCCUACAGGGUCAAUCCCAGGGAUAGACAACAAUCAGAUACCGCCUCCACCGCUUGAUCUAGACAACAUCUUCAACAGCGGCGACUAUUUCUCUGACAUCCCGGGCGUCGAGAACUCUGGCAAGGACGGCCAAAACCAGACUCAUGCCGCCGCAGCAGCGACAGCAGGAGGAAAGAACGAUAACAACAAUAAUAACAAUGCUACUACAACUGACAGCAACCAAACAGAUGACUUGUUCGAUUUUGACACGCUGGCCGCCGACCCUUCUCAGCCAGCACCCAACUUCUUCGAUACAUUCGAUCACUUUGACGGCACGUCCAACAAUGGCCUAAACGGUCUUGGCGAUGUCGGCUCCGGCAUCAACAUGAACAGUAACAACAACAGUGAUAAUAACAAUCUAGGUAGCGGCAUGGGACACGAUCUGGACCGCAACAGGAUCACAGAGACGUUUACUAGCAGCGAGGCAACGAGCCCUGCCAACACUCUAGUUGACGAUAGCCUGAAUCACAGCCAGAACCAGAACCAGGCAGGAGAUGGCAGCACAGCACACAUCCGCAGCAGCCCGCAGAUCAUGCAGAGACGCAGUGCUCGGAACCAACGAUGA